UUGGCCGCUCAGUUCGGUUGCCAAUGGUAUCAAUUGCCCGUUGAAUUCACGAAUGUGUCGUUCAAACGGCUGACCCCUCUCGCCGAGGAUAGUGAGGCUAAGCUGACGGUCCGAAUGCUGGCCCCGACCGGCGAGUUUGUAGUGUUGGAGGGCCAACAGGUGGCCGUCACCGGUACGGUGUCGGUGCCAGAGGGCGCCGAUAGUAGACUCUGCUUGGCUGAUGAUGGCAUUCAAAUUAAGAAUGAUAUAUGGAAGGGGCAUAAAUUGGAUACAAACGAUUUCUACACAGAAUUAAACGUACGUGGUUUUGAUUACGGGCCCAAAUUCAGACAGAUUCAAGAGUUACAGUACGACACGUUUAGUAAGUCCUACGCUCGCGUCAAACUCGACACUACCGGCGCCAUCGCUGCCAAUUGGAUCUCAUUUGUCGAGUCUCUCAUUCAACUAUACAUAACACAUACGACCAGUCGGGGUGUGUAUGUUGUCCAACACAUGCCGUACCUGUGCUGCGACCCACGGAUGCUCUUCGGCGCCGGUAGUGCCGGCGAUGAUAGUAGUAAAUCAGCACUCGUUGUCACCGAUUCAAAACGCAAAUCUGUUAUUUCUAAUGGUAUUGAAUUGAAGAGGUUAACAUUUGCGGGCAUUCCCUUACGUAACGUAAUGCACGAGGUGCAAAUGGAAAAGUACGAGUGGGUGCCGCACACCGAGGACCAGGCAAUUGAGGCUCCGGACGCCCAACGCCUGCGAAAAUAUAUAUCCGAUUGUAAUCUAUUGGUCGACAAAAUCAGCGACAGUUUGGGCGCCGAUUAUAACCAAACAAAACGCAAUCUAUUUAUCAAAAGCGAUGACAAACGGAACUCGUUGUCAGCACUGAUUGCCAGACUGUCUGACACUACCGGUGCUGACGAGGAGGUGGUGUUGAGAUUGUUAUUUAACUUACAUAACACACUGUUUGACGAGAACGGGAACAGUGUUGGGGCCGAUAGUAAGGCGAUGGUUGGUCUGUGCCGUAAAUUUUUGGCCGACAACGGCCUACAGUACGACCUGAGCCUUGAUUUGCUAAACAAAGUGCAUAGCAAUGGCCGACUGAUGCGAUCAGUGUUGGACAUUGUGAACGAGAACAAUCAGCGCCAGAUAGCGGUGGCUGAACUGAACAUCGGUCGGGCCAUUAUGGCACCGGCAGUCCUCUAUAAUAUGGGCUUUUUCUUUCAUUACCCACUUGUGGUCGUGAUAUGCUAUCGGUGGCCGCUACAGUUCAGGUGCAACCUCCGUGGCCAUCUCGACGACAUCUAUAGGGAUCGGGUGGGAGAUGUGGCCACAGCCAGCUUCGAGGCUCUAGUGGCCGAUAUGGCCGGCAGUGUUAAAGAGAGUGGCUUUUUGUUUGCAGUAUUCCGGACUCAAUUGGCGCCGGCCGAUAGCCUAUUGUUUCAGUUAUCAGACAUAAACAUCUCAAACAAGUGUUUAAACGAUCGGUUGAAUUCAUUCAUUAAAUACGCGCAACAAAACCACUUCAGCGCUGUUAGCCGUAAGAGUGAUGGCAUCGCCUCCACUGCUCUACUGUUCCGGAAGUGCGCCAAACAGUCGGAUCCCUCGGGACAGGCGGUCGUUGACGUGAAGUUUGGGAAAUACGACGAAUGGGUCGAAGAGUUGAAGAGUCGGUUCGUUGAAUAUAAGGACAGACCGAAGACCGAUAACGUAUGGCUUUUUGCCAACGAUAGCGAUUUGAAUGGCAUUAUCGGUCUGGUAAACUGUUUACGUCAAGAGCCGGGAGGCGACCGAUUCCGGUGUAUAGUGACGGACGACCCAACGGUCGGACUGCCCAUCGAUUUCACUGUCGAGCCCUUCAACACAAUAUUGCGAAACGAUUUAGUGAUGAAUGUAUUGCGAGGCGAGAGUUGGGGCUCUUAUAGGCUCUUGAAUCUGGAGCGCGGCUAUAAUGAGCGCCAAACCUCACGAGCCUAUCUCGAUGUGACCAAAAAGGGUGAUCUCAAUAGUAUACAGUGGCUCUUGAAUCUGGAGCGCGGCUAUAAUGAGCGCCAAACCUCACGAGCCUAUCUCGAUGUGACCAAAAAGGGUGAUCUCAAUAGUAUACAGUGGUAUAACUUGUCUACCGGUGCUGUUGGCCAGUCGGCCACGAGUGCUAGUAAACAUGUUGCUACCGGAGCUAAUGGCACAGUAAAUGUGCAAAUAUAUUACUCAGGCGUUGAUCAUAAAGAUUUGGCGCUGGCAUCAGGUCAAUUAGGCUCUGAGUACGUGAACAAAGUGUUUGGCUUUGAUUAUGGCGGUCGCCGGGAGGAUACCGGCGCUCGUGUUAUGGGCAUCAGUGGCGGCAAAUCCAUUGCCACGAGUAUUGAGGCCAGCGAUCGGGUGUUGAUUCCGGUGCCCGACAACUGGUCCAUAGAGGACGGCGUGUCUGCAAUCAGCGCCUACUUUGCCGUCUGGUAUAGCCUUAUAAACAGGGCUCAGAUUGAAGGCGGCGAGACAAUUCUGAUUCACUCGGGAACCGACUCGACCGGUUUGGCAGCUAUACAAGUGGCCAAAGGACUGUCGUGUCGAGUGUUGACCACUGCCUCCACACCAGAGAAACGCCAAUUCCUGACCGACACGUAUGGCAUUCCAGUCAACUGUAUCUACGAUCCGAACGACACGUCCAUUAGUGAACAAAUCCUGGCCGCGACCGACGGCACGGGUGUUGACGCUGUGCUUAACGCCCUGUCCGGCGAGAAGCUGACUUUAGCAGCCGAAGUGUUGGGCCAAUACGGUCGUUGGGUCGAUCUGGAUAAUUAUGACAACAGAUCUAUUAAGCCAUUACCGCGUGUGGUAUACGGUUAUGAUGUGGUCGAGCGGGCGUUCAAACAGUUGAGCUCCGGUCAGACAAUAGGCAAAGUGUUGGUCAAAGUGCGAGAGGAGGAGCCGUUUAAUAAGAUCACGACUGAUAUAAAAGCCGUUAAUAUUGUGGCCAACACUAGGAGUUGGUUCGACGCCAACAAAGUGUAUGUAUUGGUUGGAGGGUUGGGUGGUUUGGGCCUAGAGGUGGCCUAUUGGCUGGUGGCCAGGGGUGCCCGCAAACUGGUGUGCGUGUCACGCAGUGGCAUUAAAAACGACUACCAAUACGUGUUUGUGAAACGAGUGGAGACGGAGGCCACGGGAGGUGUCGGUGGGUCGGCACAGGUCAAGAUCUCCACGUCUGACCCGUCGUCCAUAGCGGGGGCCGAGAAACUGAUAGCUGAGGCCCAGUCGAUGGGACCGUUGGGCGGUAUCUUUCAUUUCGCCACAGUAUUGGCCGACGCCUUCAUUGGCGACCAAACGGCCGCCACUUUCCGCAAAGUCUGCGCCCCGAAAGUGGACGCACUCGGCUAUCUGGACGCCGUGUGCCGUAAGUUUUGCCCAGACAUGGAUUACUUCGUGGCGUUUAGCUCCCAGAGCUCGGGCCGUGGGUUUGUGGGCCAAAACAAUUACGGUUACGCCAACGCCGUAAUGGAGCGUAUCUGUGAGCGCCGACAGCGCGACGGUCUGCCCGGUCUGGCCAUACAGUACGGCCCCAUCGGCGAUGUCGGGCUGUGGGCGGCUAACGACAACAUCGACCUGACCAGCAUAGGUAUGGUUAUCAACACACAGCGCAUACCGUCGUGUCUGGAAGUGAUGGAUCGGUUCCUGAGCUGCGGAGACGCCGUUGUGUCGACGAUUGUGCGCCGGGAGGGCGCCGAACAGUCAGGUGGUUCGGCUGCCGGUGCGAAGAACACGGUAUGGCAGGGCAUAGGCAUUGACAUGUCGUCGCUUCCCGACGACCUAACCCUCGGUGACGUCGGUAUGGAGUCUAUACUAGCGGUGGAAAUGCAACAAAGGAUUGAUAGGGAGUACUCGGUGUCACUCACCACCGAUCACAUCAAACUCAUCACUGUUCGCAUGAUUAAGGACUUUCAGAAUAGUGAUCAAAAAAUUGUGUCCGCACAGAUCGCCGAAUUCAAGAAAUCGCUUAAAAAAUAG